AUUUCUUCACUACUACGAAUUUCUAAUGUAAAUCAAGAUAUAUGAAGACAGUAUCUGCUUUGAGAUUAUUGCUUCAAAAGUACAAUUCUCUCAACAAAAAGAAGCUUUUAUAGGAAAGCAAUAUGCACUUCAAUUCUGUUUUUGUACAUUUACAGACAAUAUAUAGAUAGCAUAUUGAGAAAUACAUUCUAGCUAAAAUACCUUCUAUGAAGUAAGACGGUUUGAGACGUCUCCGUCAGUUUUUCUCACCUUCCCAGCUGCUAGCUGUACAGGGGCUUUGUAGCCGCCGUAUAUGUACAACUUACACGACGGCUAGAGAUAUGCAUAUACGUACAUUGUAAUGUGACAAAUUUUAUCUUUUAUUUUGUUAGCGUUAUAUUACUUGUAGCAACUGGUUGUUAUACAUGAGCAGUGUAUGGCGCGCCUGCGCGCCGGCACAACAGAGUGAGAGGGCAAUGUAGUGUCGAGGGGACGCGUUGAACUUGCCCUCUCAGCUAUUUCUCUCGCCGAAGGGUCGGUUGUUGUGACGUGAGUGUUGAUAACAUACCUACAGCAUAAUGAACAUCAUAGGCUGUAGGGGCCCACCAGCGUCUCCAAGUCCAAAGCCACUUCACGACAGUCACGCCUACACGUCAGACGUGUUUCGGGAGGCGCGGAGAGCAAAUCCCAGUAAAUCCCUGAGUUCUCAUCCCGGUAAAUCUCCAAGUGUAAUAAUCCCUUGCAUACAACCAAGAGGACCGCACUGUUCCCCGCACUGUAUCACGCAGACGAGAGGACGACUUGCUGUGUUUGUGCUGGUGGUGUUCAUCUGUAGAACCGACUGAACCCGCUAAAGUUCAAACACUUUGGGAACUUGAAUGCUGUGGAGAUGACGGAGGACAGGCAGUGGACGAGAGGCAGCCGUGUUACUGCGGCAGCGGGACGCAUCACGAGCUGCAACAACGACCCCUGCUGUACGUAUGUAAUCGACGGCCCGGGUGAAGGCGGGCCUGCCCCACGAAGUCGACAACGAUAAAGCCUACGCGAGAUAUAUGCAGAUGCUGGCCAGGCGCCAACACACCCUCGCGUCCUCCGCUCCGCCAGACUCAAGCUUCUUCCAGCACCAACAAUGACUGCUCUUAAAAGCUAGCGCAUCAGCGGAGUGCGGCUUUCCUGCCUUUGCUCGUGGUGGUGGGGACCAGGAGGCCCACCAGGAAGCCACACCGAGUCUCCUCCUUGAGGAGGGUGGCCAACUUGCUCGACAGGAGAGGGAGGCUCUUGCUCUACAAGGCCCAGAUACGGCCUUAUUUAGAGUAUGCCGCCCUCUCCUGGAUGUCCUGUGCUGCCUCACACAUCAGCAAGCUCGACGGCAUCCAGCGACGGGCGUUGCGACUGAUGGAAGCAGCAGGUGCCCCAGCCCAUCCUGAGGCUCCCGUCGACACGCUAGAACACCGCAGGGACGUGGCGGCCCUUGUGGUGUUCCACAAGGCACAGGUGCAGGGUGUGCCACAUCUAGCGGGACUACGGCUGCCCACCAGAGUCACCUCGCGGGACACGAGAACGGUGUUAUCCAGUGGUGACUCAGUGGAAGUGCCGCGUUCCUGCUCCAGCCAACACCAGCGCACCUUUUGGGGGAGAGUCUCCAGACUGUGGAACGUCUUCGCGUCCUCCGUCCCUCAUAUCAGGGGGAUGGAUACCCAGGACGUGAAGUUAGCAGCACACCACUGGAGGGGCUCGUUCCCAACCCCCUGCUAACAAUAUAAGUCCAUAAAGAAUAUAUAUAUAUAUAUAUAUAUAUAUAUAUAUAUAUAUAUAUAUAUAUAUAUAUAUAUAUAUAUAUAUAUAUAUAUUUGUGUGUUGUGUCCCACCCCUAAAAUAGGUUGCACACGGCAGUGCGCCUUCGGGUGAUAAUGUAUCUUUGUUUAAAUUAAAAAAAAAAAAAAAAAGGUAAGAAGACUCGUGUACAUAGGGAGAAACCAGCCAGCCAGCCAUUUACCAAUGACAGCUCCUAAAGUAUCUACAGCUCUCCAUUCACUUAGUAGCAGGUAAAGUCAAGAAUUCUGUCCAUCCACUGCAUUCCCAGUGAGAUGCGCCCACUAUCAACUGUCUAUCCUUAGUGCGGCCCCCUCGUAGCUGUCCGCUCUUUGUUUACAAAUGAAAGUUUGACUGUUGUGAACACUUUAUAGGUUCUACUUCAUUUCUAUGUUUAUCUUAUCUUUUAACCAAGUAAGUCUUCAGCUAUGUUGAUGACAAAAUGUUGUCUUCCCAGCUGUCCUCUUGCACGCGACUGUCCGCCCGCGAACUGUGCAUGCUCAGAACCCAAUGUUUACAAACAAAGGCGUAUUGAUAAACAUGCCUGUCCUCUGCUGUCCACAACAACAUGGCUGAAACAAGCUCAUACCACACUCUACCUGUUUCUACCACCACCACAGCCCAUCAGCCCACGCUUUCCUAUACCACCAUGGGAAGACAUCACCAACAUGUUUGCCGUACAUAUUCCAGCCCUACCACACAACUCCUGCUCCCCUGUCCUGGCAGUCACCCUCUUCCUCCAGCUGGAAAAGACAUUGUACCAGCACUACCAUCUAAAAAUAUAUACAGAUGGCUCACACUCUCUCUCCCCUCCUGCCACAGCAGCAGCAAUAUAUGACCCUGCCACAUCCACGUGCAAAACGUGGUGCUACCUCCUGAGACAUGUGUGGUAACAGCUGAGCUCUUUGCUCUUCACCAGCCUACACCACCCUCCACACCACCCAAAGCAAGGGCAAAGCUGUCAUCUACACUGACUCCUGUUCUCCUUACACCUGCUCUUCUCUCACCUCCCACUGUCAGCCACGGCCCAUGUCCACAGCGCCCAGAGCAUUCUCCUUCACCUCACCACUACAGGCUGGGAAAUAACAUUCCAAUCAGUGCCUUCACACUCAGGAAUCCGAAGCAACGAAGUCGUGGUCGUGGACGCCGCUGCCAUGGUAAACCUGUCUGAAGCAAACAUAACACAACCCGCUCCAGCUGCGAUAGUGCCCUCCAUGACGCCCUCCGCAUCACUUUCAUGGGUCGGCACCGCAGACAGUGACUUGUCCCCACAGCCUUGGAUGAGGAAAAAGUCCUGAGCAAGGAACGUCCUUGGUCCCGCGUGUUGAAUGUCGCUCUCACCCGCCUUCGUCAGGGCCACACCAAGCUCGCUCGCUCACUUCUCACCUUCAUUGCCUGGGUCUGGCCCCACGGAUCUUACUGCCCCUGCUGAAGACACACCGAGGAGACCAUAGGACACUUCCUGCUCGAAUGCCACCGCUUCCACUCACACAAUGUUGUACUGUGCUCUAAACUUGAAACUGCAGCGGGCGUCCACCCCUCACUACAACCUGAAGUCAUCCGCCUCACAUGUGCCCACCUAAAGGAGACAGGACAACUACCUAGCCUAUGAUUGCUUCACAGGAGGUCACCAGGGCACAUAUGGUCCAAGGGAGAUCAUCGCAGCCCGCAAGAGGAAGAACGUGAGUGAAGAUUUGGUUAAACAAUUACCCAAAUAUAGGAUUGAAAUAAACCCUUUAAAAUGGUCACAGCAGUCCGGCUUUCGUUUGUAAACAAGGAGCAGACAGCUACGAAAGUGCAAGCUUAUAAAGGGACAGCUACGGCAGGCAGAGGCAGAGACUGCCCAGCCCUCUCUGCUCUGCCUGACUUGGCCUGAGUGCCAUGCAACCAUUCAAGUGCAACAUGUACUGUUACAUCUACAAGAUUAUCGGACACUCCUAGCAAGUCUGGUGCUAUUCUUAAAGCAAGAAAACCGCUUGCAAGAAAGUACCGUGACGGAGGGAACCCUGCCUAGUGUCGUG